AUUUCAUCGGCUAUGAGCUCCAAGAAAGAUCCAUCAUUUCAUUACCAUCAGAAAAAAGACGCCAUUACCAGCAGCGUCCAGUUACCUAAUCAAAGGCUGACGUCAAGAUUAUGUUAACUAAUGCCAGGUCCCAAGUCUCUUGUUGCCUGGUGACAAAGUUUCACAGUUGGAGGAGGAAGAACUAGGAAAACAGGAGUCUAUCUUCUAGCAGUUUCAUGUGACUUUUUCCUCUAACUGAUCACCAAUCAAUCAGAACAACAUACUUCAAACUUACUAAAAGAACAUGGCCAAGGGGGGGAAGGCCCCCAAGGGCAAAAAGAUCACCCUCAAUGUGGCCAAGAAUUGUAUCAAGAUCACAUUCGAUGGGAAGAAACGCCUUGACUUGAGCAAGAUGGGAAUUACCACCUUUCCCAAGUGUAUUCUGCGACUCAAUGAUGUAGAUGAGCUCGACCUUAGCCGGAAUAUGAUCAGAAAGAUUCCUGACUCAAUCUCCAAGUUCCAGAACCUACGAUGGCUGGACUUGCACAGCAACUACAUUGACAAGCUCCCCGAGUCCAUCGGCCAGAUGACCUCUCUGCUCUACCUCAACGUCAGCAACAACAGGCUGACCACCAACGGGCUGCCUGUGGAGCUCAAUCAGCUCAAGAAUAUCCGCACCGUAAAUUUAGGCCUGAACCACCUGGACAGUGUGCCCACCACGCUAGGUGCUCUGAAGGAGCUCCAUGAGGUGGGGCUCCAUGACAACCUGCUAAGCAACAUCCCCAACAGCAUCUCCAAGCUCCCCAAGCUGAAAAAGCUCAACACAAAGCGAAACCCCUUUCCCAAGGCAGAGGAGUCGGACAUGUUCAUAGAUUCCAUCAAGAGGCUGGACAACCUAUAUCUGGUGGAGGAGAAGGAUCUGUGUGGGCCUUGCCUGAGAAAAUGCCAACAGGCCCAGGACAAGCUGAACAAAAUCAAGAGCAUGGCCACGACAGCACCGAGAAGGGCCAUCUUUUCCAGUUUGGUCUCACCCAACUCCAUGGCCAAGGAAUCCCAGGAAGAUUGGAGGUGACCUGGGACCCUGACCCUAAGGCAGGAAGGGAGAAGGGAGGGAGGGGAACAUGACAACAGGCUGCAUCCUCAGAAAACUGAGGGGUUCUUCCAUUACUGCAACAGCUCCUCCAGCCAACCCAUAAAAUGUCUUUCCCUA